GGGAAUUCUUGAAAAUCCCUGGAUGGCCCUUAUUAAAACGCCAAAAGAGUUUAUUUGUGGAGGAACGCUUAUUAGUCAUCAAUUCGUCUUGACGGCUGCGCACUGUCUGUACGAUCCGUAUUCCCCUACUAUAAAACACACUAAUCUCAUUGCUCGUUUGGGAGAGUAUAACCGAUCAACGGAGCACGAAUCCUUGCAUCCCUAUGAAGACUUCAAUGUGUUAAAAGCCUACGAACGCAAGGGUUUUCAAAUGGAAUCCUUUAUGAAUGAUAUAGCUUUGCUAAAACUUCAAAGAAGUGUUAUUUACAAAACCCAAAUUCGACCGAUAUGCAUUCAGUUGGAUAAACGUUCGAAAUCUAACUCGGACGGCAUUCAGAAAUUCACUGUAGUCGGCUGGGGAAAAACCGAGACCGGAAAUGUAAGUGAUGUACUUCGAACGGCUGAGGUCUACAGAAUGGAUAAAGAGCAUUGUAAUAGAACAUUGUGGAAGCCUUUGAGUAGCACACAGAUCUGUGCUGGGACACACAAUUUUGUAGACACUUGUCAGGGAGACUCCGGCGGGCCCUUGUACUCCAAUGUUCCAGACGGAGGCCUAGGGCGUCAAACUCAAUUCGGAAUCACUAGCUAUGGAGCUGACCAGUGUGGCGGAGUGGGUGUAUACACCGAUGUAAUGAGCCACGUUGACUUUAUAGAGGAAACUGUCAUGGAAUCCGAUAUAACUGUCCUACUUCCGAAAAUGGACUUGCUAGAUGAAGGCUGUUUGGAUAACCCAAAAUUAAGUAGCAGGGCAAAAUCGGGUCCCGACACUUUUCCUUGGCUAGCCCAGGUUUUUAUGGAUUCCUUUCUGAUUUCCUAUGGAGCACUUAUAUCGAACAGUUCGUAUUUGCAUUUAUGUACUUGA